GAAGCGAGCAUGUCUAAUUAGGCGAGGAAAUUUUUGUUUGUCGUGGUUCGAACAACUUUAACGACAAAAUUCUAUUUUUUCUCGCCAUUUAUCCAUUCCAAUUUUAAUGUUAGCGACAAAAAAAAAAAUUCCUCGCCGUUUCCGUCAAAUAAUUUGGCGGCAUCCCAAAUACAUUAAAUAUUUUGGCGGCAUCCCAACAAAUAAGCAUUGGCGGGACGGGGAAAAGAAAAGAGAAAAAAAAGGCUCAUAAAACGGCACCGUUUAGGUAUAAAUAAAGGGAAUACUCCUACUUUUCUGUCCCUCUCCUCAUUCCCUCAUAACCCACCGCUUCUCUCUCUUUUCUUCUCUGAUGAAGUACUUGCAGAGAACACUUCGGUGAAUCCGCCAUAGCUCGCCACACUGAAUGAUUUUUCGAUUGGAGCAUCAAAAAGCACAAAAGGGUUCUACUUGUCUUUCUAAUCGCUCGAGUUUAAGAUUUCAGUGCAUAACAUGUCCAAAAGUGAUAAACAAUGGGUGAAACCAGGUGACCUCGCAAAACAAAAGCAAAAUGGUUACAAGAGGAAGAGAAACAGCAAAGUCAAAGAGAAUGAAAACGAAUACGAGAGGAUGAGAAACAACAAAGUCAAAGAGAAUGGAAAGAGGGUGCAAGCUAUGGGGUUCAAGCAUAUACCAGCUUCUUUAAGCGGUUUUGUUCAUUACGUACCUGUGAAGAGGAAUGGCAAACUAAUCAGGGCUGAGGCGGUUGAUGACAGCUCACCUGGUAAUGAGGAUGAUAGAGAUUACAACUCUGAUCAGUCUGAUGGCUCUUUUCAACAAGAGGUACUCUGUGGUUGCACAUAAUAUAUCAAUAAUAAAAUCAACUUCAUUUAUUACUUGACAGGAUGUGUUAUCAUGCUUAUGUUUUCAUACCUUAUCAAGUCAAUGGACGUAUGUUAUCAUGCUUUAUCAGUUUGUACUUAUACUUAUUUUAUCAUCAAAGUUUCUUCUUCUACUCAUUCUCCAUACUUUUGCAUUGUCUCUUGGUAUCUUUGGUUGUAAGGAUGCAAGUGGUACCUGAAAUGCAACCUAGAACAUCGCAUCUUCAAAGAGCCCCAACCAGAAACCAACAUGAUGCAAGCCCCAUCUGCGAGAGGGUGACCCGAUCGACCCCACAUCCAGAUGUGGGUGCCCAACCUCAACAACCUCUUGAUGUCGAGCAGGAGAUUCAAGCAGCCCCCUUUGUAGCACCUGUUGUUGCUGAUAGACCUAUCCAUGGCCCGACACGAGGCUUGAUGGUUCAGCAAAUAUUCGACAAAGAAGGAAAGCUUCUUGUUCCCAUCCCACAGUGUUUUCGUGCACCUGUCGGGAAGCAUGCUUGUAAACUUGCCACACAGAUUGGUGUAGAGGUUCGGACAAAUUUGGAAGAUCUUACUAUCCGUAGAUGGAAAGUUGCACAUGAAAGUGUGAAGGCACCUAUGCUUCAACGAAUAAAGAUUGGAUAUGCAAAAGGUUGGUGGUAUAUAUGAGAAG